UGGGUCCGCGCGGGCGCGCCCCUUCAGAGAGCGCGAUCCCGGGGGCGGAAGGAGCGCGCGGAGCGGGCGGCCGCGUCCGGACUGAGGAGCGACCCCUCCUGUGCCACCCCCUCCCGAGCCACAGCUCCCGGAAAGCUGCGGCCAAGUUUCCGCGCCGUCUCCCCCGCCCCUACCGACAGCAAGGAAAUACGACCUAAGACCAAAGAAAAAGGGACAAAAGCUGGGACACAGAAGAAGAAAAGGAAUGCAGCUGUUGAUGUGGAGACUGAAUCCAUGCACAGGCUGGCACUGCUGGAAAAGGAGCUGCUCCAAGACCACUUGGCUCUGUGGAGGGAUGAGGCCCGCCGAGCCAAGGCUUCUGAAGACCAGCUGAAGCAGAGGAUACAAGAACUGGAGGCUGAACUGGAGGAGGCCUGGAGUGAAGGGAAGGCCAUAUAUGCAGAGAUGAGUCUUCAGUGCUGCACCCUGCAGGAGGCGAUGGAGACCCACAGCAGGCAGCUGGCGGAGGAAGUGAGGGGCCUUUGGGAGCAGUUAGGUCGGCUUCCCCACCCUCGAAGCCCUUUCUCUCGGAGGAUCACUGCUGCUGUCCAGACUGAAGAGGUGGAUUUAGGAUGGUUCUUCUCUAGAAGACUGCAAUCUAAGCUCUCAUACUGCUUUCCCCACUGACUUUCCCACCAUUGAGAAUUGCAGCAGACGGUUCAGGACGGCAAAAAAAAAAAAAAAUCUUAAGUUAUAAGAAGAAGACCUAAGUCUGUCACCCCAUUUCCCUCUCUCAAUGGUGUCUCCAAAUCCAGUUCUAACUCCCCACCACCGCCAUGUCUCCCAUAAUCAAAACAUAUUCCCGGGCUUCCCGGUGACACAGUGGUUGAGAAUCUGCCUGCCAAUGCAGGGGACACGGGUUCGAGCCCUGGUCUGGGAAGAUCCCACAUGCCGCGGAGCAACUGGGCCCGUGAGCCACAACUACUGAGCCUGCGUGUCUGGAGCCUGUGCUCCGCAACAAGAGAGGCCCGCACAUCGCUAUGAAGAGUGGCCCCCGCUUGCUGCAACUAGAGAAAGCCCUCGCACAGAAACAAAGACCCAACACAACCAAAAAUAAAAUAAUAAAUAAAUAAUAAAUUAAUUUUUUUAAAAAAACAGUACAAAUAAUUUUUUUUAAAAAACAAAACAUAUUCCCGCUUAGUUUGGCUGAUUUUUAUAAUGAAACCAAACUUAAAUGAAACUGUUUAACUUACUUAUUUCCUUAUCUUCAAGGCCUAAUGCAUGGUAGGUCCUAAAUAACUAUUUGCUAACAAAUGAGUGAGCUUCUAAAUAAGCAUAUACAUGUAUGUGUGUAUAUAUAUAUAUAAGCUUUUGCUCUCUUCCCUCUUGGUAACAGGAUACAGUUGAAAAAUUUUAGCAUGGUGCACAGAUUUUCCACAAUUUUGGCCUCAAAUUUUCUUAUCCUAAAAUAUCUUUAGUUUAGCUAUAGAUAUCCAAGAGCUGCUUAUCUGCCAUGCAGGCCCUGAGCCCCUUUCCUAAUCUUUGCCUUAUCUCAAAUUUAAAUGCAGUCAGCAUUUAUGAAGCACUUCCUGCAUACUAGGUGCUUUCCCAUACAUUAUCACAUUUAACUCUCACGGCAAGCCUGUGAAGUAUGGGUCAUUUUCUCUAUAAAGAUGAAGAAACUGAGUCUCAGAGAGAGAUAUGUCAGACAUUACACAAGCAGUAAAUGACAACCAGAUUUGGGACCCAGAUCUCUUGUCCCAAGCCCACUCUCUCUACUCUACCUUAAUAUGGUAUAUUUCAGCUCUUUAUAGGAACUAUGGGAAAGUUGAUGGCUCUGGGGAAGUCUGGAAUGAUCCCACUCAAGUUCUGCUCUUUGGGUACCUUUGGAGACUCUGUUCAAGGGUAGAGUGUCACCACCCUGUCCUCUUUCAUCCUUCUGCCCCCGU